CUCUCUCUCUCACGCCGUUUGUUUGUUUGUUCAAACCGGAAGAGACGAAAAGGAGAGUUUUCCAACGCUCGCGCCGUUCUACGUGUUGGUGGUUCGUGAGCGUGUGAAAUGGCGCUGGAGUGGCGAGAGGCGGCGGAGCGGAUGGACGUGUAUCUGAAAGAGCUGCUCUCCUCCGGCCUGCUCCUCCUGCACGCGGAGCUCGGGGUGGAUGUGGGGCUGAAAGCGGAGCUGCUUCCGCCGGGGCUCCUCGCGUGUGUGGCGGCGGGACUCGGCCUCCUGCUCGCCGCGCUCCUCUGGUUCUUCGUCUGCCGGUGCUUCUCGAAAAAUCCCGCCGAGAAAGUCGCACCCGAGGCCGGGAAGACCUCCAAACCCAAAUCCGAGGAGGUUAAGAAGAGGAGCAGAAAGAGAGGAGGAGAUAAGAAAGUGCAGAGGAACGGCCUGGCGGUCGACCUGGAGGAGGAACCGAAGCCGGCGGAGGCACAGAACCAGAACCAGAGCGAGAGUCCAGAUCCAGCUGGGGGUAAAAGUGAUAAGGGAAAGAAGAACAAGAAGAAGGCGAAAGCGGCAGUGAAGGAAACGAAGUCUCCGUCCACGUCGGUGCGCAAAGAGCCGGAGGAAGGAACUUGGGAGACUAAAGUGAGUCACCGUGAGAAGCGACAGCAGCGGAGGAAGGAUAAAGGAGCAGGAGACGAAUCGGGGAGUCCCGGAGGAACGGAGCCCGGUGCUAACGCCGCGAACACGGAACACCACGCGCCCGCUGUGGAGGAAGCCAAAAUCAUCCUAGCACCAUCUGUAACCUCCAAGACCUCCAGCAAAACCACCACCAACACCAAGAGCUCCAACACCAACACCACCAACACCAAGACCUCUAACACCACUACCAACAACACCAAGACCUCCACCACUACCACCACCAACACCAAGACGUCCAACACCACCACCACCAACACCAAGAUCUCCCCCAAAAACACCAAGUCCAACAAUGCUCCUGUGCCUAAAGCUCAGAAGAACAGUCAGAGAACCCAGCAGGCUCCUCCACCAGUAGAACUGUCUCAUGCGUGGGACGUGAUGGCCGUGAACGGAUCAGGAUCCUGGGAUCUGGGCGUGUCGGUGCCUCCUCACACACAGACCUGGAACAGCGUGAAGUCCGAACCGUCCGUCUGGCCUCAGGACAUGGAGGGCUCGUGGAUGAUCGUGGAUGGUUCUCACAUUCCCGUCUCCCUCCACGAAAUGACUGCAGGUGUAGGAGAGCAGGUUGUUCCUGAGCGAUCCUGGGCGUGCCCCGUCCCAGUAGAUGACGAAUGGUCUGGACCUAACAGCGGUUCUGCAGACCCAGCGUCGGACUACUGUGCCCCGUGUGAGGAGUGGGGGAAUUACGAUGAUCCAGCAGGUGGUGCCGUUUCUCCCGACGAGCCUCAGUUCACACAGGACUCCGAUCUGGAGAAGGACAAAGACGAACCUGCGGCUCCGGGAAGCAGCAAAGCCAAGAAGAAGAAGAAGAAAAAGAAGAAAGCGGAGGAGGCUGGAAGUGCUGCUCAGGUGGAGGUGGAAGUGGGCGUGGCUAAAGACCAGAACACUGCAGGGAACAUUUUGCCUAAAAUCAUAAAAGAGCCAGAAAUCGUGGUUUCACCUCGAGUCCCGCUGAAACCACCCACCGAACCUGAUGCUCCGCCCAAAAGCACAGCUCCGCCCACCCAGAAGAAACCCGAGGAGAGCUGGGAAUCCCCGAAACAGGUGAAGAAGAAGAAGGUGCGGCGAGAAACAUGAGCGCGAGGGCGGAUUUCAGGAAGAAACGUCGAUAUGCAAACGUCCAGGAUUUCAGAGAGACCACGAGUCGUGCUUCGGGCGGAUUGGCGCGCUGACGUGAGAACGAGUCUCCGUGCAUUCGGACAGCGCACAGUGUAACAUAUCAGUCCUGUGGGUGUGCUGUACAUCAGGCGUGUGCUGAUCAUCACUUCACAUCGCGAUACUCCAGUAACAUUAUCACGGUUAACGAUAACAUCCUGAGAUUCAGACAUUAGAAAAGUAUGAGACUUUCACCUCUUUAAACGCUAAAUUGUCUUCGAUGCUAAAUAUCGUGACGUUCGGUUCACCGAUACGCAGCACAUGCCUGAUGUACACGAAUACAAUGUCUUUUUUCCUGUUUUUGACUGCUGUAGAUUGAUUUAUAAUUCUGUAGUGAAUCUGAUGAGAUCCUGUUUUGUUUUGAAUUGAGAACAUUUCAGGAAAAAAAAUAAAUAAAUAAAACGUC